AAUGCAGACAUCUGACAAACACAAUCCAAUUUUUCCAGUCAUUCGGAGUCUGCAAUUAUUUAAAGGCAGAGCGAAAAAGAAGGUGGUAUGGCGACAAAUCACAGUGGAACCAGCAUACACCUUCAUGGACUACCGUGCACAAGGACAGACAAUGGAAUACCUGUGGUCAGACACAGGAACAUCACCAAGCACGUUGACACCUUUUAAUGCAUGCGUGACAUUGUUGCGUGCAAGAGGAAGGAAAAGCAUAUGAUUAAACCGAGACUUUAAGGACAAGAGCCGAGUGGGAGCGGAAAUGGUGGAAGGAAAGUAAAGGAAGAGAAGGGACAGGCGAGAUGACGUAAAAGAAAGCAUGUAAAGAAAAGGAAACAACCCAAAAGGGAAGAUGAUGACAAAUUUUCAGCGUCGCCAAUUGCGUAAUAUCGGGA